AUGACUAGUGAAAAAUCCAACGUGACUCUUGGGUGCAUUGAAAAAUGUGAAGAAACGUGGGCUUUGGAAAGUAGAUAUUUUCCAAGCAAAGUCGGCGGUCGUCCGGCAUGGUUGGAUUUAAAAAACAUUAACGUUGAUGUUUCUUGCACGAUUUGUUCGGAUCCUUGUUUGUUUCUUUGUCAAAUCUACGCUCCGAUUGAUUCACAACCCAGUGCUUAUCAUCGUACCAUUUUCGUAUUCGUUUGUAAAAACCCCAACUGUUGUAAAUCAAAUUCAAAUAAUAAUUUCAAAGUGUUCAGAUGUCAAUUGCCAUUAGUGAAUGAUUAUUACCCACCUGAAGAACCGACAGAUGAUCCUGAUUGGAGUACUGAUAGCAAAGUCGAGAAAUUUAAUGAUAUCUGUCACGUUUGUGGUUGUUUAGGUUCUUAUCAAUGUAGCAAAUGUAAACUUAUUAAAUACUGUUCGAAAAGUCAUCAAGUUUUCGAUUGGAAAACAAAUCAUAAAAACAUUUGCAAUAGUGUUGUUACUACUACUCCCACACCUGAAAAUUCAAACAACACAUUUAAUUUAUUAUUUCCUGAAUAUGAAAUUAUAGAAGAAGAAGAAGAAGAAGAAAAAUGUGAUGAUUCCGAUGAAAAUAUUACAGAAAAAAGAUUUAACGAUUUGAAACAGUUGUUAGAAGAAGGAAAUCUGCAAAAUGCAUCAGAUGAUCUUUUAAUGGAUUUGGAUAAUGGAAAAGAAUAUAAAUAUUUGAAACAUUUUAAAACAAAGUUAAAAUUAGUUCCUGAUCAAGUUGUCAGGUAUGACAGAGGAGGUACACCCCUAUGGAUAUCUGAACCCAAAUAUUCGAAUGAAGACAUACCGUUUUGUGAAGCGUGUAUGGGACCGAGACAGUUUGAAUUUCAAAUUUUACCAACAUUAUUAAGUUAUUUAGAUGUUGAUAAAUUGGAUGAUAGUCUCGACUGGGGAAAUCUUUUAAUUUACACAUGUAAAAAUAAUUGUGACGAAGGGCCUGCUUAUAAAAAAGAAUUUUUAUGGAAACAAGACUUGACAUGA